AUGUUCACCAAAGUAUUCUGCGUCAGCGCUGUGUUGGCAGUUGCCUCCGCUGGGCUCUUGCCUGCAGCUCACUACUCUCCAGCUGCUGCUGUCUCAUCCCAGAGCAUUGUUCGUCAUGAACAACCCAUUGCCUACCACGCUGCCGCUGCUCCAGUCGCUUACCACGCUGCCCCCGUCGCCUACCAGGCUGCUCCAGUAGCCUACGCUGCUCCCGCUCGUUACUCUUCCGCCGCUGCUGUCUCAUCUCAAAACAUUGUCCGUCAUGAACAGCGCGUCGCUCCCGUCGCCUACCACGCUGCUCCCGUAGCCGCAGUGUCCUACGCCGCCCCCGCUCGUUACUCCUCCGCUGUCUCUUCCCAAAACAUCAUCAGCCACGCUGCCCCAGUUGCCAUCAGCCACGCCGCUCCCGUAGUCCACGCCGCUCCCAUCGUUCACGCCGCCCCAGUCGUCCACGCUGCCCCCGCUCACGCCAUCGUCGCCCAGCACGAGGAGUACGACGCCCACCCCAGAUACGACUUCGCCUACUCCGUGGCCGACGGACACACCGGCGACAACAAGUCCCAGCACGAGAGCCGCGACGGAGACGUCGUUCACGGCGAAUACUCCCUCCUCGAAGCUGACGGUUCAGUUCGCCGUGUCGAGUACACCGCUGAUGCCCACAACGGUUUCAACGCUGUCGUCUCCAACUCCGCGCCCGCCCACCAGGCCGCCCCAGCCCAGGCUUACGCACACGCCCCCGCUUACGUCGCCCAUCAUUAA